AUGACGAGAGUCGCCAGUCCGACACGACAUGUUAGGCAGCAGGAUGCUGCAACUGUCCUGAAAAAAUCGCAGAAGCGCAAGCUUGGCGCUGCUAUGAGCAAAUUAAAGCAGGCUCAAGCUGUGCAGAGCUCAGCGAAAGUGCAGAGGGACGCGUUGGAUGACCCCAGCGCCAACGUCAUGCUGCUGUUCGAGGAGCUUCGGCAAAAGGCAACGCCGCUGGAACGGAAGCAGCACCUGAUCGACCAAGUGCUUGCUCAGCUUGAGCCGAAACUGGGCCUGUAUGCACGUCGACACGAUAUCUCCCGAGUGGUGGAGAUUGCCCUCAAGCACGGAUCGAGCGAGCAGCGGAGUCGCAUCUGGAACGCACUAGAGCCCAGCCUGCAACGCCUACCCGAAACACGAUACGGUCGGCACGUUGUCCAGGCGCUGUUCCAGUAUGCGACUGGGGAGCAGCGACGAGCGUUGAUCGCUGCCCUGCGCGAGACACUUGUUCGGCUGGCCAUGACGCAGGACGGCGCAGACUGGGUGGACCACGUCUACCAAACCAUAGCCAAUGGACGCGAAAGAACCUCUAUGCUCAUGCACAUGCUGCUUGAACGGGACCGGGGAUUGCACCAACUUUUGGUCGGAUCCCGCGAUCAAGAAGUGCGCAGCGGGGAUAACGCCCUUGAUCAACUUCUUGGGUUCGUGGAAGAGCCGUUCCAUCAGAGACUUGUGGCGUGCUGUCGUCGGCAGGUGGAACAAAUACUGGACAAGCCACGGGCACUAUCCAAUGCCCUCGUCCAUGAUUUAAUAUGGACGAUGCUCUCUUCGUCGCGAGUGCCAUUUUCGGAGAAACAGGAGCUGGGCCAGGAACUCGCCACACGGGCGCUCUAUCUAUAUCACACCAAUAACGGGAGUCUUGCGCUCAUGCAAAUGGUUCAACUGGGCGACGCGAAGUUGCGGAAAGAGUGUGCGAAAUCAUUUCGCGAAGUUCUAUCCGAGGUCUGGACCAACAAGUACGGCCAUAGGGUUAUUCUGACGCUCUUGGCCUGGACAGAUGAUACGGUCAUGUUGAGCAAGACACUCGUUCGCCCAAUGAUACCCUAUUUCGAUGCGCUUUUUGCUGCCGCGCAAAACAGCGGCACUCCGGCUUUGAUUUACGCACAUGUAGCUUUGCUUUUUCUUUUAGCCGGUGAAACCACUCGCUAUUUCCAUCCCGUAUUCUAUAGGAUGGUUUGGAAUCCAUAUAGAAGCGAUCAAGAGGUACACCGCCCAAAGAAGGACCCGCAAACCCGACGAGAAGAGAUGUUGGCGGUCAUCGCCCCGGCGCUAUUCCAACUGGUUCACACGCACGGCUUGAGUCUGCUCUGUGACUAUAGGAACUCACCCCGCAUGGGCGCGCUGUGUAUAGAAGUGUGCAAGCAUUGGCAACAGCACGGUGAAACGGAACGGAUUCGAGAAUGGUUCCAGCAUAUACUACGCGAGGCUCCGUGGCACGCGAGCGAUGCCCAUACCCAGCGGCAACGACACGAGUUUCUGCACCAGGUACUGGUGCUCUCGAAACUGUUUCCCGAGCAGAUAUUUCCGCCCUUGAAAGCACAUGCAUCGCAGCUUGCCGAACUCGUGAACACGAACGAACGGGCAGCACGUUUGCACGGUGCACUGCAGUCUUCGUGA